AUGAUCGGACCGAACACCCCUCCCAGCAGUUGGCAUCUCGAUCAUGUGCCCACCCCGAUUCUCGACGCCAUCCUUCUACACCUCUCUCCGGCGCCUAAACAAUUGGCGACCAUCCGGAACCUCUUCCCGCUCUCCCCGGAUCUGAAACGCAUGUCGAUGAUCAUCCUAAGGGAUAAGAUCUUGCAUACCGUGUUCAUCGGAAGUCAUGCGAGUGCGGCAAAGGAAGCUCUGUCGAGCAUCCGUCAGGAUAGCUUUCGUUAUAUUCAAAACGUCAUACUUUUAGGCUGCAACUUCGACGAUUCUGUCUCCGAUACCUUCGACGCGAUUCGGCAACGGAAAAAGUUUAUCCAAAGCUGUUCCAAUCUCGAGUCAUUGAAGGACGAGACUCGAGAACUGGGUUACAUGAUGGACAUGACCUUGCCCUCGACGCUCUCGACCCUGGUUAAACCGAUCAAGGCUCCGGGACUCUCCUCCCUAGUCAUCACCGCGGAUCUCACGUUGAUGGAGAGCCCUUACAAUUUCGAGGUUUCCGCAUACCCGUCCAAGGUGUUGGACCUGUGCCGAGACAUCGUCAGAUUGGAUCAUCUCAGCCUGCAGUUGCCAGGACUGCGAGUUCAUCCGGUUCCUCACGGACUCCCUCAGCCGCUCGGAGACAAGGUCGAGGACAUGCUCCCUGCCACUUUGAAAUCCAUCGGCGAGCUGCAUAUUCAACUCCCUUUCUGUUCGCCAGAACCAGGCCAUCCGAGAGAGUCGCAUGCCGGUGGCUACCUGCGAUGGCUUUUGACCACGAAGCCCAAGAUUGGCAAGCUCCUGUUCAACAUGGCUUGGAGGACCUGGUACUUGGCUCCGAUCGCGAACCGCUCGGAUACCCCGAGAGCGGUCCUCGACUCCAUGGGCCUGGGCGUCCUCAAGUACGACGAAAAUCGACGGCCGAGGACGUACCCGGCGGGCAAAGAGUCCAUCAGGACCGUCAGCCCGGCCAUGAUGCGAUUUGCCGUCAUGCUGUUCGAGGCUCAGCCUGACCUCCAGGUCAUCACCUACAGGUUCGACCUGGUCCCCCACGAUCAGCUGCACGAUACGCCCGCCAUAUGGUUCCGUACGGCGACCUUUACCAGGUCGGACGGUCCCAAUCGGGCGCAAGGGUAUAUCGCCUAUGACGAUCAGAUCGAUUAUCAGGUCAUUGAUGCCGUCAUACAAGCGCAGUUGAACAAGUAGUGGGGGUAUUAGUUUGAUGGGGAGCUUGAUGUUUGCACGGCAUGAUAUCCAUACCACACGAUUAUGAUGACGCAAGACGACGAGAUCACGG